AUGGACACCCCCAGGCCAGACCCGUUGCCUUCGCCUUUGCCUAAGGAGGAAGACAGACCUCUGGCCUUCUCUCCUCCGGUUCCCGCCGGCCGCCGCGGCCGCCGUCCUGCGGGGGGCGCCUCGUCGCAGCCGAAGCUCAAGGCCGCCUCCCUCCCUCGGAAGCGGGGCCGACCCUCCAGGUCCGGGCAGGAGGCCCUGCUACCCCAGGGCCUGUCGUCGCCGGCCGGCAGUGGCGGAGGCAGCGACCUCUUGCUGAUCGAUGACCAGGGCGUGCCCUACACCGUGUCUGAGGGGACGGCGGCAGCGCGUGGGCCCGAGGGCACGGGCGCCAAGAAGGCCCCGCACUUUUGCGCCGUCUGCCUGCGCGCCUUCCCUUACCUGUCCGACCUGCAGCGCCACAGCAUCUCCCACUCGGAGCUGAAGCCCCACGAGUGCAAGGAUUGCGGCAAGACCUUCAAGCGCUCCAGCCACCUGCGGCGCCACUGCAACAUCCAUGCGGGCCUGCGGCCCUUCCGCUGCCCGCUCUGCCCCCGGCGCUUCCGCGAGGCGGGCGAGCUGGCGCACCACCAGCGCGUGCACUCGGGGGAGCGCCCCUACCAGUGCCCCGUCUGCCGGCUGCGCUUCACCGAGGCCAACACACUGCGGCGCCAUGCCAAGCGGAAGCACCCCGACGCCCUGGGGGAAGCCCUGUGUCCCCCGGACCCCGGGCCUGAGCCUCCGUGGGACGACCGGGGCAUCCCGGCCACACCGGAGGCGAACGAGGAGGGGCCGGAGGAGAGAGAGCCCGCCUGA